UGCAUAUGGUGUUAUGAUUAUGUUACUGGUUUUGAGUCACUCAAGGAAAAAAAAGAAUUCUGAAAAUCCCAUCAAUUGUAAAUUAAGAUAUUCUGAUGAUGGCAGCUUCUGCCACAAAGUAUAUUGAAGCAAAUAUUUUUCAUAAAUUAAUUAAUAAUUUCUUUAUUACUAUAGCCUUCAUAUCUGGAACUCUUCUCUACUUUGUCUCAAAAACAGUGUUAUAUGUUUAGAAAUUUAAUAUGAUGAAUCUUUUAUUUUAAGACUUGUGUUUUUCCAUUUGGCAGACCCCAGUUCCUCCACUCCUACUGUUUCUCCCCCAACUUCAUUCCCUUUAUGUAUUACUAAGGAAAGUAUUAAAAUUAUAAUUCUGAAUUAUAAUCUGCUUUUGUCCACUUUGCUCUUCAAAAAAGUUGUUUUUUACGUUUCUCUUUCAUAAUGAUACAGAGCUGUAAGAAAUUCUGCAUGAGUGAAUGUGCAGGGAAAUCAGCAAACACCUAGAAUGGUUUUGUGGGGUAUUAUAGAUGUGUUAUGGGAAUAAACAAAGUCCUUGGAUGAAGAAAUGGGUUUGUUAAACAUGAAGUGCUAAAACUUUUUUUUUGUUGUGAAUGCACCAGUGGCUGUGUUUGAUGGGCAUCACAGGCAUCACAGAAUAUCACACAUAUUCUGCCAGAAUAUGUGUGUGGGAGUUACGGGUUUGUCCUCCCCACAGAGCUGCUGGCCAGCUGCCUGCCACGCCAGCAGCAGUGUCCCAGGGAGCUCCAAAGUAGCUGUGCAGACAGCCUGUCAUGGAAAUUUGGGGCAGGCAGGAGAGAGGGAGGAAACAUUCCUGUGAGCUCUUCAUUAGGAGAGAAGCCAUAAACCUCAUUGACUACAAAAUGAUGGAGAAUAGCAUGGUGAGAAAAUAGUGAAAAAAAUGGAGGAAUGAUGAAGAAAAAGGGAAGAUGUUAAUGAACUUCAUGUGGACCAUGUAGCUGCUUCAUUUAAUAUGCACAUUGGAUGCUGCUGCCUUUCCCUCUACGUGCUUUUGUCUGCCAACAUAAAUCACUUUUGCCUUACCCAGACUGGCAUUCACUUUGCUUUUGUGCAGAUCCCUUCUUCUGGAAAUUCAGAAAUUGGAGAGAGUGCAGACUAUUCCUUUGUGGAAAAGAACACAUCUGAAAGUGACAAUGAUGAAGUUGAUGGCAACAAUAUAUGUGGUUUCAGAAAGAAAAAGGGAAUCAAAGGUCCUCCAAAGUAUGUUCCUCCUCUAGAAAAUGAGAAGAUGGAGCUGUCCCACACCUCAAAAAUCCCAGAUCCUUGUGCCCUUAAAGGAACCACUGGCUGCUCAGAACUGCCAUCAGAGCAGUGUCUCCAAACCCCCACUACCUGUCCUCCAGUACAAAAGGACAGAGGAAGUCACGACAACUCCAAUUCUGGCAGCAAUGGUAAAGAAGACAGGUGUGCAGAAACUCGAGAAACCCGGGAGUAUGCUGAUACUGGGAAAAGAAUAUUGGGAAAAAUGCAUGAGGAAACAGACACAGCAGCUCAGAUGAAGCUGCCCACGGCUGUGCAGCCUGUGAGGGGUGCAGAGAAAGGUGUCUGCACUGAGGCAGUGCAGAGGGAGAAGGACAGUGAGCAGGUUGGGGGUAAACCAGAACAACGGGGUGGGAUGGAAGAAAAAAUUAUCAAGUUUCAUGUGACAAAGAUGGGCUCCCUGGGAAGCGCUGCAUCCAUGCCAGGGAGCCAUACUGCUGAGUCCUUCAAGGGGGCACCUGGCAUUUCUAAACGAAGUCUACAAGAGCUGAAAAACCUGCUGAGUGAAGGUCAUCUGCCUUCUCAUGGGCCCAGUUUCUGUGGCAAGGCAGGUGGCACUUUUGCUCAGAAAAAUCUGAAACCCCAGGAGAACGCAGCUGACAAGCAGGGCCAGCCCUUUGACACUUUUAGUCCCCAUUUUGGCAAAGAAAAGCAGAAGUAUCUCAGCUUCCACAAGGAGGGAGUGGGGCAGCAGAGCAAAACCGUCCUGGUCCUCAGCUCUGCCGGCUCUGACCAGCAGCACCCAGUGGGAAGCGAUGUGGAUCACCUCAUUCUGGGACUACCAGCAGCUCCUACUCCUGCAGAAAGCUCAGCCCCCGAGGUUCAGUUUGACUCCUCUGCAGGCCUGGACGCAUUCAACAGAGACCCUGAUGUAAACGGCCUCGGAAACACAGCUCUCCUUUACCUGCUCUCUCAUAUUGAAUUUAUAAAGCAGCAGAUGGCCAGGGACAACGUGCAGUUUGUCAGGUUUGAAUCAAUAGACCUCCAUGGUGUGUCAAGAUCAAAGAAUGUUCCUUCUCGAUUUUUUCAAGAGAAAGCAAUUCAUGGAAUUGCCAUGCCCAGAAGUUACCUUGAACUGACUCUGAAUCCUAAAGAUAAUGAAUUAGAUUACAUAAAUGCAACCAAUUUCAAUUGUGACAUAAUUCUGAACCCUGAUUUAUCAACGUUUCGAAUACUGCCCUGGACUGAGCAGACUGCAAGAGUGAUAUGUGAUUCCUUCACCGUGCUGGGCGCCCCACUAAUGACCUCCCCAAGGCACAUUGCCAAGAAACAGCUGAGCCAGCUUCAGGACAAUGGCUUUUCUUUGCACUCUGCAUUCACUUAUGAAUUUUGUAUUUAUGGCAUUACUGAGGUUGUAAAUUCAAAGACAAUAUCCUUUCCUGCAGCCACAAUACUAAAUAACCAUGACCAGACUUUCAUUCAGGAGCUCAUUGAAGGAAUGUAUUAUGCUGGUGCCAACAUUGAAAGCUUUUCUUCUUCCAGUGGGCCUGGGCAGAUGGAGAUCACUUUUCAUCCAGGGUUUGGCCUAGAUGCAGCUGACAGUGCCUUCACAUUUAGAACAGGCCUUAAAGAGGUGGCUAAGAAGUACAACUACGUGGCUAGCUUUUUCUCAGAAUCAGGAUUCUACAAUUCAGGGGCUCUAUCACACAGCCUGUGGGAUCUCAAUGGCCAGAAGAAUUUGUUUUCUGCCGGCUAUGGAGUUGAGGAGCUCUCAGAGCUUGGAAAAAAUUGGUUGUCAGGUCUCUUGGCACACACAGCAGCUAUUAGCUGCUUGAUGGCUCCUACCACCAGUUGCCGCAAGUCUUAUUCCAAAUACAGCAAAGAAUCGAAGGAGACUGUAAAUGCAAGAUGGGCAUAUAAUGAUAACAGCUGUGCCUUUAAUGUCAAAUGUCAUGGUGGAAAAGGCACUUACAUAGAGAAUAAAUUAAGUUCUGCUGCAGCAAACCCAUACCUGGUCCUUGCUGCUACCAUUGCUGCAGGUCUGGAUGGAGUAAAGAGAGGACUCAGCUAUGAUGAUAUGCUUGAAGAAGAAAAUCACACUGGUGAUCUGAAACAUUCGUCGAUCCCUCUGAAACUAGAGGAUGCUCUGGUUGCACUUGAGGAAGAUUCAUGCAUUAAGGAAGCAUUAGGCGAAACUUUUAUCCGAUACUUUGUUGCUAUGAAACAUUAUGAGUUGGAAACCGAAGAAAUGGAUAGUGAAAGGAAUAAAUGCCUGGGAUAUUUUAUUUAGAAGGAGCACUCUUCUAUAGUGGUGCUGUGUAAAUGCAUACAGUGAAUGGCUAAGAGUUUUGAAAUUAGUACAUAUAUUUAAAAAUGUUUUAAUGCUUUGGGAUUUUCCCCCCUCCUUUGUAUAGUAAAUUGUAAUUACAUUUAAUUGUCCAUGUACAUUCAUGGCAGCACAAAGCUGAUAUAUUCAUGCAAUAACAUUAACAGGCUUUAAAAAACAGGUGGGGUUUUUUUUGGGCAGAUCUGCUGGUGAAAAGAAGAAAAGAGAAGGUGAAAUGGAGAAGAGCAACUACACAACUGUAACUGGAGUGUUUAAGCUGCAGAAAAGUGGGAGUGAUGGGGACAGUGAUGAGGGGUGGGGUUCAGAACUGGGGAAGGCAGGGAAUUUUGUGUUCAGCUUGGUUAUGAGAUUUGUUCCAGACUAUUCAGUAACUGAUGGGUUGCUAAACCAAAAGAAUAUGAGUUUGAUUUAAAACAUAAGCUAGAACAAUGAACAUUGUAGAGAGAGGGGCAAAGGACUGAGGCUGUAGAACUUGAGAGGCAGGAAUCUUAAUGGACAUAAAAAAGACAGGAUGCAUUAUAUAAUAAUCUAUAUAUCAUGAAUUCUGAUACUGAAUAGAGUUUUCAAGAAUUAUAGUUAAUAAAGAUACUAAAAAAAAAAACAAAUGGUGACUUGAAGAGGGAAUAAUUCAUAGAAAAGCAGCAGUGCCAGGCCACUGUGCAGUAAAAAAUGAUCUGGUUUUAGACCUGUUUUGAUGGUUAAUGGGUUAAUUCAGAUUUAAAUGGCAAAUGAGGAAGAAAAGGGGAAAAGGUCAGAGAAUUUAGAGCUUAAACUGUGCUUUAUUUGGAAACUUGAUUUUAUCAAGUAUGAAGAAGAUAACUGAGAGGAGAGGAGCAGAAAGAGUAGGUUGAAACCAUAAUGAAAGAGGUUGAAAUAGAAAGACAAAAACACCAAUCCCAAAAUUAGAAAUGGCAGCUGGUAUAAAGAAAAAUAACUUUUUAGGAAUAGCAGGAGGUGGGGUUUAGAUUUGUUCUUUAUUCUUGUUGCUCUUGUUAUCCUUUAUUAUUAAAGAUAAUUUGUUUCAUACACCACCUCCACAUUAACAGAGAUUUUUGGUGUUCUUUAUCUUGUCACAAUAUUUUGAUCUGUGUGUAGGAAUUUGUGAAUGGAAGAGUUUGGUCAUCAGUGGAGUAAAAACAAGAUUCAGUCAAUGCCUCUGUCAGCUUGCAGAAUUAGGAAGGUGUGAACAGCAAUCUGCUGCUGGCCUAUUGGUGUAUCUUCCAUUCUUCCCCUACAAAGCAUUGUACUUGAAAUGUAGCACCUGGUAUGCUGAAGCUUUUUGUGUGAUUCCAAAGAACUCAUUUUAUACUUGGGUAGGAAGAGGAAAUAAAAAAAUUAAAGAAACAUGUUGAAUUCCCUUGUUUCAGUCUAUGAUUUGAUUUUCUCUCUUAUUCACAUGGUACAUUUUUGAAUGCCCAGUUUUGGGGGUAUAUAGGGGGCUAUUUUUCUUUGCUACAGGCUAAUUUGAAUUGGCCAGGUCUAGCUUUGCAUUUAAGCAGAACUUCCCAUUCUGAGAAAUGUUCUUGUCUUUUGCUGCCCAAGCACUUCUUCAGAGGCUCUGGAAAUUUAUCUUCUCUCUAUCUGGUUACUUACCAUUUUCACAAGCUGUUGGCAGAAGACACACGUAAAAAUUAUUCCCUUGCUCCAAGAACUUACUUACCAUACUUAAUAUUUAGUCCCAGCAGUCACACAGAUUAAUAGCUAUUCAUUGGUGUGGGUUUAUAAGACAUCUUUUCACUUGUCUUGGGUUUAUAAUUAUCUGACACUGUAUACAUUUGCU